AUAACAACAACUUAAGUUGCGAUUCGCAUUAACAUUGAAUAAUUAUUUUCUCUAUUUACAUUUACACUACAUUUCUGCUAUUCACUAAGAAAAAAAAUGCAGUAGGGGCAUAUUAUUUCUAUUCUCAGUCAGCAUCAAUGAUCCCCCUCCUUCCUUCGGAUGUUAUGUUCGGAAUACCGUUCUUCGAUGAGACUGUUAUGCAUUUCAAAUAAUUAAGGCAGUGAGAAUCGGCCUCGGGGAAGGUUUCAAAAAAUUCGCCCCGCGUUUGCUGAGCACACGGUUCCCUGGUUGCGAGGGCUUCCCCCUGAUGAGUGAUGAUUAUUGGGCCUGCUCUGCUCGUCACCUCACUACCAACCUCCACCAUCAGGUCGGCACCUGCAAGAUGGGGCCUCCCUCAGAUCCUCAUGCCGUCGUCAGUCCUCAGCUCAAAGUCUACGGAGUGCUCGGCCUAAGGGUAGUCGACGCCUCUAUCAUCCCACGCAUACCCGCUGCUCACCCUAAUGCCCUAGUCCUCAUGAUUGGUGAAAAAGCUGCGGAUAUGAUAAAAGCUGAGUGGGAAAGCAAUCUUACCAAAAGAGACAUUUCGCGAAAAGUUUAAGGAAACGAGCUCCUUGGGAUACUAAGCCCAAUUUCACGAAGAACAAAUAAAUUGGUUUCUGUGAUAGUUAUAUUUUUGAUAAAAUAAGGUACACAAAUCUACGCAACAAUAAGAAUUCACUGAAAUAAUACCUUCUAAAAUCUAACGUGACCUUGAGAAGGAUUACAAACAAAUUUAUCAUUUAUUUUUUAUGUAAAUUCAAUAAACUGAGAUGUCCACCUGUAUAUAUUUUUAUUAUCCCCUUGCUACGGGUUUUGGUCUUUAAACAGACUUUCAUCAGGCUAACUUCUGAUGUUCUUCAAUAGAGUCUGCUUGUCAGAUAAGGACAAUGCGUCAGUCCUCAUCAGGACAAGCAAGAGAGACGGACCAUUAUAAGUAGUGUUGC